AUGGGAGCAAACAAGUGCGAAAUUGUAAUACUAUCGGAUGAAGAUGAUUACAUUUCUUUAAAACAACAACCUAUAUCUAGUAUUAUCUCCAAUAAUAAUAAUAAUAGUAAUAAUAGUAAUAGUAAUAGUAAUAGUAACAACACAACUAAAUUACCACAAUUCAUAUCAGAGUAUAGUAAACCACAAACAACGACAUCAACCACUUCAACAACCAUAAGACAAAUUUAUAAUAUAGAUGAAAGUGAUGAUCAAGACGAUCACGACAAUGACAAAGACGAAUUAAAUUUGAAUGAUUUAGAUACAUCAACUAUAAACAACAAAAAUGAUGAUGAUGAUGAUGAAGAAGAUGAAAUAUCUACAACGUUGUCAUCCCCACCACAACAACAUAGAGCAAAUAGAUUAGUAGACAGUUUAAAUCAAAGUACCGAUGCUAUUAGUAGUCUUAGUACAACUGAUUGGAAACUACUUAAAGAAUAUUAUGACAAUUAUUUGGAUGAAGAAGAUACCGAGUACAAUGGAGGAUCGAUGGGACGUGAUGAAAGUGAUUUGUUACAUCUCAAAGCUACAUUGGGUGAACUCGACAAUGAAAAAGUGAUCAAACAAACAAAAUCUGACAAAGCAACCAAUCUACUUUACCAUUUAACCGAUGUCUAUACCGAUGUAGCACCUGCCAUUGAAACUAUAACACAUCAAUUACAAUUAUCUGUCAAUGGUCAACCAACUAUAAAUAAUUCUCAUUUUAAUAGUAAAAGAUAUUAUACAGGAGAUACACCAAUACAAUGUAGUAAUUGUGGUGAUCGUGAUCAUUAUGGAUUUGAAUGUAGAGUUCCAAACAAGAGACCAUGUUAUAGAUGUGGAGAAUUUGGUCAUUUUACAGAGGAAUGUCAAGUAUUUCUUUGUUUCAAGUGUGGUUCUUAUGGACAUUAUCCAAGAAUGUGUGUUGGAAAGAAUUUAUGGUAUUUGGAAAACUCUAGAUUGUUUCAUGAGAUGUUUGGAGUGAUCAAACAGUUGAGAGCUGAUAGAGCCGACAGAUCAGCUGAAACUCUCCAUGAACGUAGUCAAAAGAACAAGAGACACCAACAACGAGAGAUCCAAAAGAGUGCAGAUCGAUCAAAGAAAAAAGAUGCUAGGGAUAAACAAAACCAAGAUCGUUUGGAAAGAUUCUCUCGUCAACAACAACAAUUUCACAGGGACUAUGAUGACAAUAAUAAUAAUAAUCAUAAUAGACAUGGUAGAGAAAGAGAUGUUGAUUAUAACAAUAAUAACAAUAGAAAUAAUCAACAAAGAGAUUAUCAACAACGUGAUUCAAGAUAUAAUAAUAAUAGUAGAGAUUCAAGAUAUAAUAAUGACAACAAUAGAGAUUCAAGAUAUAAUGAUAAUAAUAAUAAUAAUAAUAAUUAUAGAGAAACAUUUAAUAAUAAUAACAAAAGAGAAAGAGAUUAUAGAGAUAAUAAUAGAGAUAAUAAUAAUAAUUACCAAAAUGAUUCUCGUACUUAUGGAGAAAAGAGAACAAAACGGUAUGAUGUUGACAAUGAUGCAGAAUGUUUUGAGAGUAGAAGAGAAAGAGAUAUGGAACAUGAUUAUAAUCGUCAUGAUGAUCAUCAUCAUCACCAACAUCAACACCGUCGUGAUGACUAUGCAGCAUCACAAAAUACCAAUUCAAAGAGUUAUUGGAAACAAAUUGAAAAGGAACGUGAAAGACAAUACCAAGAGGACCAAAAAAGAGAAAAACAAAGACAAAAAGAAAGAGAAAACAAUGAUAGAAAUAGUCAAAAGAAAAGAGAAAGAGAAAGAGAUGAUUCAGAUGAUGAUGAUAAUGAUGAUGAUUUAAAUUUUAAUAUUACUUAUAAUAAUAAUAAGAGAAAUCAAAAUCAAAAUCAAAAUAAUAGAUCAAAUAAUAAUAAUAAUAAUAACUCAAAGAAAAAUAAUAAUAAUAGAAGAGAAAGAGAUAGAGAUGAUAAUGAUAAAAAUGAUGGCCCAAAUUAUGAAGAUGAUAUAAAUUAUGAUUAUGAACCUGAAGAAGAUUACAAAAAUAAUAAUAAUAAUUUUAAUUUUUCUGGACAGAAUGGAAAAUUUAAAAAGUAUGAUAAAAGAAAUAAGAAUAAUAGUAAUAGUUUUAAACAAAAUAAUGGUAAACAUGGUGGAGGUAGUAAAAAUAACAGUCAUGGUAAUGGAAAUGGUAAAAUCAAAAUCAAGAAAUCUCAAGCAAAGGAUCAAUUUUUAAAAAAGGAUAAAAAGAAGAAUAAACCAAGGAAAGCAUAA